AUGGAUAACAUUAUAAAUGCAAAUGAAAUAUUGAAAUUUCCAAAAAAUAAUGUGUUGUUAUUUAAACGACAAAUGAAUUCAACGUCCAAGGUCAGUUUUACUUUUGGAGGCUUUUUAAAUGAAGCUCGCAAUGAAGUUCUUUCAAUAACUAAAGUUAAUCCAAUAAUAUUAUUUAUGAUCGGCGGAUUUAUAAUAAGUCUCGUGAUUUUUUAUCUCUACGCUCGAAAAAACUACCCUAAAGGAAGAAGUGCAAUAAUAUUCACAUUCACAUUAUUCGCAGUUGAUAUGUGUUUGGAUAUAGCAUUUUUAUUAAAUAACGUCAUGGCUGUUCCGUCCUUAUUUCUUCCAAGUUUAAUAGCAUUAUUAGGACCAGCAGGAUUCAAUAUUUUGUUUGCAUUUGUAAUAAUGAUACAACAAACGUGUAAUAGUGAUAGAUUUAGUAUUUGGAUUUGUAGUCAUGGUUGCGUAGCGACAGUUUUCACACUGUUUUCAGCAUUUCAUAUAGAAGUUCUGAGGCUACUUACUUCGAAUUUUUUGCAUUCAAAUGUGUUUAAUGCUCCAUUUAGUUGUAACGCAAAAAAAUAUCUAUUCAUAGCUGGUCUAUUUAAUGUCAUUAUUGAAGAUUUGCCUCAAUUUAUUAUUCUUGUAAAUACUGUAUUUCAAGGAAAUAGGGAUAAAUUUUACAUUAGUACCAUUAUUGACGUUAUUCGUGAGCUUUAUAAGCUUAUUAUCAAGCAUAAUAAGUAG